CGGAGCGGGCGCGCAGGGCCGGGCGGGGGAGGCGCAGCAUGAGCGGGCGCCCCCCCGCGGCCGCCGGCGCAGCGCCCCCGCGCCAUGGAGGGAUUCCCCGCCCGCGGGUACGGCACCGGCGGCGCGGACAACCGGCCGCUCUUCGGGGAGACCUCGGCCAGGGACAGAAUCAUCAAUCUAGUUGUUGGUGGCUUGACAACCUUGCUGCUUGUAGUCACUCUAAUCAGUGCUUUUGUCUUCCCGCAACUACCUCCAAAACCUGUGAAUGUAUUUUUUGCUUUCUGCAUCUCCUUGUGUUGCAUUUCUGCUGGCAUUCUUAUCUACUGGUAUCGACAAGGAGACCUGGAACCCAAAUUUAGAAAUCUAAUUUACUACAUAUUGUUUUCUAUUGUCAUGUUAUGUAUAUGUGCCAACCUGUACUUCCAUGAAGUGGGAAAAUGAAGGAC